UCCAAGGCCACAAUGAGGGGACCGACGAUCAUCAAGGCUGAAGAUGACAAGACAAGACAGCUGAACAAGCACACUGUCAUGGCUUACUCGGGAGAGGCGGGAGACACAGUGCAAUUCGCCGAAUACAUCCAAGCAAACAUCCAACUAUACACGAUGCGAAACGAUACACAACUUGGCCCUAAGGCUGUGGGCAGCUUUGUUCGGGGAGAGUUGGCACGGAGUUUGAGAUCGCGGAAUCCUUACACAGUCAACCUCUUGCUGGGCGGAGUAGACCCUAUCACACUAGAACCUAGUCUCUACUGGGUAGACUAUUUGGCAUCGUUGGCCCCUGUGCCUUACGCCGCACAUGGUUAUGCCCAAUUCUACUGCCUUUCCAUCCUCGACAAACACCACCACCCUGAUAUCUCUCUCGACCAAGGUCUGAAGCUCCUAGAGAUGUGCACAGACGAGCUGAAGCGUAGACUACCGAUCGACUACAAGGGCGUUCUGGUCAAGGUUAUUAGCAAAGACGGUGUCCAGGAGGUAGACUUCGAUAAUAGCAAACAAGUCACUAGUGCGUAAUCUGUGAUCGUCAAGCCUGGAAUGGCGUUGUUGUAUCAUACCAUUUUCCUCAUAUUUCUUCUUUACGAGACUCAGUUUGGGAGAUCGGUUGCAUGGCAGGACUUUCCAUGACUUUUACGUUCGUGGUCUCCAAUACUCUGGG